GCGCGUGAACUGCGGCAUCAGCUGGGAAUCUCUACAUAAAGUCUUUCAAAACUGAAAUUAGGUAAUGUAUGACGAACCUCUGAUUUUGAGUUAAUCGAAGUAUCUCUCUCCUUUCUCCCCUUCUGUGAUUGAUUUAGAGUCCUUUGAAGGAAGUUAGGGUUAGAGGUGAGGAGGAUUUUGACUGUGCAACAAAAAGGGGGUUUUGUUUUUUUUUUUUUUUCUUUGUUUUUAAAGGGAUCCUGACUUAUUCCUCCCCCCGACUUCGUGCAGAGUUUGAGAAAAUGUUGUCAAAAGGAACACAAAGUAUAGUAGGGAGUGAAGUGAUGCCCUUGGACUAUGGGAGCAUGGACUCAGAGAGUAGUCCAUCUCCAUCUAGUUCGGAGAAAACGGUGGAAGGGGUGAGAGGAGAUGAGGUGGUGGAGGUUGGGAGGCAAAAGGUGGUAGAGGUUGGGAGGAAUGAGGUGGUAGGGGUUGGGGUAGAUAGCAUACCCAUCACCGUAAUAGAAGUAGAGGAUAGAGGAGAGAGUGAUUAUGAUGUGAAUGCAGAGAUAGUGGAGGAGGUGAAGCAGUAUAGUUCUGAACUAAGGACUAGGGAUAGCCUGGGUCACUUAGUGAAAAAUUAUGAGAUCUCUUCUCGAGUGCUAGUUAGGCCAGUUGGGGUAGAGGAAAGAGCGUGUUCUGUUCCUCGGGACCAUUGGAUGCCCAUAUAUUCCCACUAUCUGAUAGCAGAAUUAAGGUUUCUAAUUCCUGAGUUGCUAGUAGGUUUGUUGUUAGAUUAUAAUAUAGGGUUGACACAAUUAGUCCCCAACGCUAUGAGGGGGGGUAGUAGGAGGGAUAAGGGGUGGUAUUAUUUCACCCCUAGGGUAGCCAAUAAGGAAAGUAGGGCAUUGUUCACUGCAGGUCCUUCAUCCAUUAAAGGAUGGAAGGAAAAAUUCUUUUUUGCAAAUGAUACAGAGUGGGGGAGGGGGGAUGCCGAGGUGAGGGAGUUAGCCUCGUGGAAGGCUAAAAGGGCCAACCGGAAUAGCACACAAUGCAUAGAAGCUGCUGAACUCUAUGGGCCAAGCGCUUUAAGUGAAGCUGAAAUGGAUCAAUUUUUUAACACUGCUGGAGGAGUGGCUAUCCCCAAGAAGCCAAGGAAGAAGUCAACGACUUCAACCAAGCAAGUGGAUGAGAGGAGGGCUAGGAAGAAGGUAGUGCCCAUGACUUCAGCUGAGACGGAGGAGGAGGUGCCACAGUUGAAGAGGAAAGGUUGGGGGGAGAGGAGGGCACUGCAGAAGAAGCAGAAAGUGGUGGAGGAGGAGAAAAGGGGGAAUGAGGUACCUCAGUUUGUACCUCAGCCUCCUCCUGUUGAGCUGAACCCUGAGCUCAGAGUGUUGGAGGGGGGGCUGAGCACCUUCCCUGAAGUGGACAGACGCAACGCGCAGGAUGAAGCUCUGAGGUAUGGUGGAGCGUCUGUUGUGAAGCACGUUCUAGAGAGCGCGAGCUGGGUGAAUGGUCUAGCCCAGGAGUUCAUGGAGAGCCUGAGGGAGCGCUCACUCUUGCAGAGGCAGUGUGACCAGCUGCAGAAGGAGAAGGAGGAGCUGGAAAAGAAAAAUAAAGAACUGCAAGAGUCGCUGAACGAGGUGGUUCCCACUGUGAAACAGUUGGAGCAAGAAAGGGCUUCCCUGAGCACCAAGCUCGUCUUUAAGGAGAGCAAACGUAGGAUCUCUGAAAGUGAGCGUGAGGCUCAGGCGCAAGAAAUAAAGCUGAUGAAGGAGGCUUUCGUGGAGCUGAAGGAGAAUGUGCAAACCUUGGUGCACAACGGAAUGAAGGAGCACAUCAGCAACUUCAUCAGCUCUAGCUCGUUUGACAACAUUGUCAACCUGUACCGGCUGCCCACUGCCAUCAUUGCUUUCACAAACUGCAGAAAGAAGGUGAAGGCUGUAUAUCCUGAAGUGAAUGUAACAAAGAUCACCUUCGGCGAGCAAGAAGGAGGAGUAGAGGAGGAUGGCGAGAGCAUGUCAGCAGACUUCCGUCCUCAAAUCAAGCUGAGGUGGGAGCAUGACGCAGACUGUCUUGUUGUUUUCCCUCCACAAUUCGACUUCGAGUUCGUUGCAGUGGAGGAAGAAGGGGCAAAGGUAGAGGAAGACGAGGUAGAGGUAGGAGUAGAGGGAACUGAAGUGGAUGAGAGGCAACCAAUUCCAGAAGUGGAGGUUCAUCCAGUUCCUUCCGACGAUGAGCAACCUCCUCUGCCAGACGAGCAGCAGCCAACACAGCCACCUCCUCCAGCUGAGCAGGAGCUAGUGGAGCCACCUUUCCUAGCAGAGAAAUAAUUUUAUUUAUUAAUUUUUUGUAAAGACAUUUAAACAGUUUGUAAUACUGUUACUUCGUUAAAUGAAAUUAUAUAUUUGUUUAUGUUUGGUUUAUAUUUUUGUUAUUUUUUAUGAAUAAAAGAACUGAGAGUAC